GCACCGCUAUAUGAAUUUUGACGUUACGGUGACACUCAACGUUCUCUUGGAAACCUACUCCGAUGUUAUUUAUAGACAACGUAUGGGUGACUUCACCCAACGCUACAUUACGACCGUUAGAUAACGGCACCGUAGGUUUUUAGGAAACCAUAGCUUUAACCCUUUAGUUAUAUUUUUUUCUGUGGACAUAAUUUAUAUGGAUCAUCCACUGAAAAAAAUUAUAUAAUUUAUAUAAAUUAAUUUAAAAGCAAUAACAUAAUCUAUAGUGAUAGUGAUUAGUAAUUCAUUAAUGUUUUGUUUAACACAGAGUUACUCUGUGAAAAAAAAACUCCCGAAGUUCGAACAGAACUUCAAACCAGUGUUGCCAGAUAGGGCAUUUAGCGCCAAUGGGGCUAUGUCCCUUACCGACCGGCGAUAUUAUUUUAUCCGAUUUAUUUCAAAUCCGAGUACCAGUGGCGUCACUACUAAUGUGUGAUAUAUAAAUUUAUUUAAACUUUCCCGCCUUAACUACCUGUGCGCCAUGAUGGGGCUAUCUCGGGGCUACACGAGCGCUCCGGCGAGGCGAUUCGAGAAAAAAAUAUUCUGGUAACACUGCUUCAAACUCCAAUUUCUAUAUAUAUUAUUUUUAGAUAAAUAAAACAUUCUUUUAAAAAAAAUCUAAUUUUUAAAAAUGUGAUGUAGUUGUGUGGUGAUACUUGAUAGUGUAAUAACAAUAAAUAUAAAACCAACCAUGUCUAUCGAACGAGGCAAUUUGAAAAGCAUUAGGACAUCGCUGACGGCUAAGCAGCCAUACGCUGGCGUCCCUUCAAUGGACUAUGAUGAGGCUAAGCAAGAGAAGCCAUGGCAGCGGGUUAAUUUCUGAACCUGCAUUAAUUGCGAUAGAUGUUUUGGCGAAAAAAGGCACGCAUUUAUACGAGCCGGUGAAAUCUGUACCGAGCCCCUAUAUACUACUGCUACUGGGUUUCUACUUGCUACUGGGAUACUGCGCUCAACUUGCAGAAGAUGCCAUGCCCGCAGUAAUAAGAGACAGAGAUAUAGCGGCCAAUAACACAAACACGUUCAGCGAGGAAUCGGCACGGAGGUAUUUAAAUAUAAUUCUGGGGGAUCAGCCACGGGUGGCCGGUACCGAGUACCACUUGGAAAAGGCGCAAGAUUUGAAAAAAUUGUUGGACGAUGUCGCGAGCAAAGCCAGCCUACCCGUUAGGACGGAUUGGCAAUUCGUCUCCGGUGACUUCUGGAUUGAAUUUAAAAUUCCACACGCCAAUGUGUACCAGAACCUGUCGAACAUAGUGGCAGUAUUGGAGGGAGACAGUGGGUUCAAUCCCGACGGGAGUACACGAGAGUCACUAUUGGUCAACUGUCACUACGAUUCUGUCCCGUAUGCGAUAGGAGCGUCCGAUAAUGGUAUAUUUUGCGCGGCGAUGGUGGAGGUGUUAGUGCGAUUGUCGAGACGAAAGAAGAAAUUCAAACACAAUAUUGUGUUUCUAUUUAAUGGAGCCGAAGAAAAUCCUCUGCAGGGGAGCCAUGGCUUCAUUUCUCAUCCUUGGUUCAAAGGGGUCACGAAUGUCAUCAAUUUGGAUUCGGCUGGAAUGAACGGGAAAGCCCAAGUGUUUCAGGCCACCGACCCGCGUAUGCUGUCCGCGUACGGACACACGAAUCGGCCCACCGGACAGAGCGUCGGACAAUUCCUGUUCUCGACCGGCGUCAUUCCUUCCGACACGGAUUUCAGAAUAUGGCGAGACUUCGGGAACGUCCAAGGAUUGGACAUAGCGUUCGUGAAAUGGGGCCACGUGUACCACACGCGGAACGACCGCAUCGAGCACGUGAAGCCGGGCGUGGUCCAGUGCGCCGGAGACAUGCUGCUGGAGCUGAUCAUCCGCUUGUCCGACGACGACGCGUUCAAGCAAAUGAAACCUCCCUCGAGCGCGGUGUACUUCGACUACAUGAACGUGAUACUAGUGACGUACUCGGACAACGCCGCGUACGUCGUAGACACGUUCGUGUGUCUGUUCGCGGCUCUCUCUAUACUGUACUACAUCUGGCUCGUCGGAUUUCGCAUGUCGACGAUACAAGAGCUGCUCUGGGCGUUGGCCGGCCGAAUACUGUGCACCGUUUGCGGGCUGGGCGUGGUCGCCCUCUGCACGGUGCUCAUGGUCGCCACCACGACUCAGAUGAGAUACCUCUCUCAACCUUGGAUAAUAGUAGCCGUGUACUGGAUUCCGUACAUCAUAGCCGCGACCGCCGCGGCUCACCUGUUCGACUCGUGGAGAACUAAGAAGACGGGCUUGAACCGCAGCAUCCGCGCGAGCCAAGCCUCCGCUGCCACCAGGCUGCUGGUGCUGGGGGCGCUGGUGGUGCUGCUGGUGACGCCCGACACGGCCUCCGUGAGAUAUCUGCUGACCGUCCCGCUUUUGUUCUCGACUUGUGCCAGUAUCAUUCUUCUCACUCUGUUGAGAUAUUUUCGACUUUCGGGCUGGCAACACUUACUAAUAGAAGUGUCGCUCUCGACGCCCGCUUUGUUGUUCGUGUUACCUCUGGCGGUUCGGUUGUCGGCCUUGCUGGUGCCGAUAAUGGGACGGCUGCCGAACGGCCAACCCGACUACGUCAUCGCAGCCGCCAGUUGCUUGCUGUGCGUGCUCACUGCCGUUUGUGUGUCGGGCAUCGAACUCCUGUUCUCCCGCCGGCGUCUGUGGUACGUGGCGGGGGCGACGUCGCUGGUCUGCGUGGUCAUCAUGUUCGUCCCCUUCAGCCCUUACCAGGAGGACGGAGUCGCCGUUCAGAGGCACACGUGGUUCCACUCGGAGAUCGUCUCGUACGACCGGAACGGGUCGGUCGUGGAGCGGACGUCCGGCGUCCUCGUCACCAGGUGGGACGUGCACAACGUCCGCUCGGCCGAGGUGGCCUUGAGGAACAGCGGCCUCAACGAGAGAGACCUAAAGGCCGACUGCGAGAGGCACCCCUUCUGCAAUCUGCCUCUGUACAGGCCGAGGUUGGGCGAGUAUUUAAAAGACAGCCUCUUCCUGUUCAUGGAGCCCCCGAAAAGGUUCGACCACUCCCUCCGGAUGACGAGCCGGACCUGCGUGGGAGACGUUUGCCGAAUGCAAUUUAUUAUGACUGGUCCGCCCCACAACACGCUAACAAUAGUCCCAUUCCCCAACGUGACCCUCAACGGCUGGUCGUUUUCGUCCCCGCUGAACCACUCGUCGUUCCACUCCAAUCAGCCCCUGUACCUGGUGACGCACUCCACGGCCACUUUCAGUCCCUCCUUCGAGCCUUUGGUGUUCAGCCUGACUUUCUUCGUUCCGCGCGACCUGCAAUCCCAGCCCUUCGUGCGGAUCAGCCACGACGCUCACCGACUGCAGGAUCCCGAAGGUCUGACUCCGGCUUUCAAGAGACUGACCGAAUCCGUGCCCAAGUACUUCAAUAUCGCGCCAUCUGUCUGCUUUAAGAGUAAUUAUGAGUUCUAAACCUUCAUUUUGUCGUAAUCAUAGAACAAUGUCGGAUUUGAAAAAAUCCAAAAUUCACUUUUAUCAUAUUCGGAUACUAUAUUGACUAUAUACUACGGCAAUAUUUAAAAAAUCCGACGGAUUUGAUAGAAACGUGAUUUUUCGAGAAAACUGUGUUAUUAUUUUUAUUUUGUUUCAAAACAAACCCUUUUGUUUGCUUGUAUGCCAAUUUUCAUAAUUAAAUAUGAAUUAAAAAAAGUUAUGACAAAAAAACUAACAAGAUUAUUUGAAAUUUCCGCAAAAUGAGAUGCGGCACAUUGUGCAUGUUAAAGAGAGUUUUAACUUUAAUUGAUCAAAUCAAACUUAUAAUACGUUAUGUCUGAACGGCAGUUUAAGGAAUCACUCAAAGGUAAUAAAUAUUAUAAAUGGGUUCUAAUAAAUAUAGAUAUUAAUUAAAUUUAUAAAAAUUGGUUGUUUUUAUAUGAACAAAGUUUUACACCUGUUACUCUAGCUGUAAGAUAGUUUUAUUUUUUUACAUUAAUACCAUUGGUAUUCAAUAAAGUUCUUAAAGAAA